AAAUCCCGGGGUUUGGAUGCAGGAACGGAGAUUGUUCCCAGAGCUGCUCUAACCUCAGCUGCCCCGGCGAGAUGUUGCUUUAAUGCACCAGCGCUACCUUUGUGUGUUGCGACUGUGCCUUUGCGGGGCAGUGGGUGGGUUGCUGCUGGGGACGAGGGCACCUUAAGGUGUCGGCACCUGCUGAUCUGCCGGGGGCGGAACCCUUGCCUCUCUCCACCCGCCCCCCCUUCUCCUUGCCUGGGAUUCUCUGCCAGCCACUUCCUGAGAAAGCGGCAGCCCAGGAGCCUGGAGGACCAGAAUGAUGACUUGAGCGGCGCUCUUCCAUCAUUCCAGCAAAACCUUCCUGCCGGGGGCUGGAUCCACCAGGCGGCUGCGCUGCUGCAUCCCUGAAUGGAGAGGAGAGCCGGCUCCUUCCAAGAGAUUCGGGAUGAAACUUUGCCCAGUAAAAAACUGAAAACAGUCCACCAAGUUGAUUUCUGAACAUCUUUCAUACGAAGGCAAAUAUUUGGAUGCGUCAUGUCUUUCCACUACAAUAACGAAGCCUUUGAAAACCCAGACUAUCACCACUCUGAAACGCUAGAGAUUGACAGAAUAAGACCCUAUCAGAGGAGCACUUCUUUUCAUUUUAAUCCUUACGGCGCCUCUCCCUAUGAAUCCGAUGUUGAUUACGACAACGCGGAAGAACGAGGACGGAGCUCGUUUGUGCUGAUGCCUAUGAGCUCAAUGCGGACUCCAUCUGAUGACGAUGAAUACAGGCGGACAGAUUUUGUGCCCGAGAUGUCCAGUGCAAAUCCAUAUGGAAACUCUCAUAUUAAUCCUUCAUUUGAGUAUGAACCAGAAUUAACACAGAGGUCGCCUGCUGCUAAUAAUCUAUUGAAUGAUCCUUAUGCACAUAGACUGGGUGAUAUGCCUGAUGGAGUUCACUUAACCCAGAGACGUCACCGGCAAGAAGUUGAUAUGGUCUUCAUGACACCGUCUAGUCUGUUUCGAUCAGACCCAGGAUAUGAAGAGACCAAGAAAAAGGAUGGUAAAUUGCGGACUUGCUUACCUUGCUCUAGGAUGCUCUUGCGAGAUCUCAUGGGAACUCAGAUGGUCCCGGAUAGCGUUCUUAUGGAGAAAACCAGGAAGUCCCACAGGCAGAUAAACUGUUGCUCACAGUGCUUCUACAACACAGCUUUGUCCUUUCGACAGUUUAAAAACGGCUUGUCAGACUGCUUUCAGCUCCUCAAACUGUGGCAGAAGAUUCUAAAAGACAUUGGCGGAAAGUUUGGGACCAGCGUUGGUUCCUAUUUUGUGUUCCUGACGUGGCUGCUGACGUUCAAUGUUUUUUCGUUCCUUGUGAACUUCAGUUUUAUUGCGAUCCCUCAGCUCAUAGCAGCGAGAGCAAAUAACCUAUCAUUCCUGGGGCUGGAGUUUUUCACUGGAGCUGGUUAUUUUAGCGAUACUGUGCUCUAUUACGGUUUUUACACCAAUACUACCAUCACUGAAAACGAGAACAACUCUCCGUAUUACAUGCAGCUGGCCUAUAUUUUCACCAUAGGAAUCUAUUUUAUUAUCUGCUUCUUAAGCCUACUCUACAGCAUGGCAAAGUCCUUCCGCAACAACUUUGCUCAUCCCCAGAUGUACGCUGGAAAUGCUGCCAAACUUCUCUGUGUCUGGGACUUCAGUAUAACUAAUGAGAAAGCUGUGAAGCUGCAGCAGAGGAAUCUCAGCACUCAGAUAAAGGAGACCUUGUCGGUAGUGAAUACUGAAAAUCUGAAGCUUUCUCAUCGCCAGAAAAUUAACCGGCUCUUCAUUCACCUGGCGGCCUGGGUUGUGUCGCUGUUAGCGACAGCUGGUUCAUGCGCUGGCAUUUACUACUUCUGCCUCGUUAACUUAAAUUUACUUCUUGACGAGAGUAAAAAUGAGCUGCAAAGGGAAGCUGCUACCCUGGUGUUGCCCAUUGUGGUGAGCCUACUCAACCAUGGUGUACCUUUCUUCUACUCCUCCUUUGGCUUUGUUGAAAAAUUCACUUCUCCCCGAAACCAGAUCUACACUGCUAUUGUCAGGAACGUUAUUCUGAAAAUAUCAAUCGUUGGGAUCCUGUGCUACUACUGGCUUAACGAAGUGCCUAGGUCACAGGCAGAGUGCUGGGAAACUCUGGUUGGCCAAGAUAUCUACAGGCUGCUUGUAGCUGAAUUCAUUUGCUGCUUACUAGGAUCUUUUUUCGGAGAAUUUCUGCGGAGAAUCAUUGGGACCAAGUGCUGCAAGAAACUUGGCGUGCCAGAAUUUGACAUUGCUCGAAAUGUUUUGGAUUUAAUCUAUGCACAGACUUUGACAUGGAUUGGUAUCUUCUACUCACCUCUACUUCCAGCAAUUCAGAUGAUAUCAUAUUUCAUAAUCUUCUGGGUGAAAAAGGUGAGUCUGAUGAGGAACUGCCAGCCCCCUCGCAAAGCUUGGAGAGCUUCUCAGAUGAACACCCUCUUUGUUUUCCUGCUCUUUUUCCCAUCUUUCACUGGAGUCCUCUCUGUCAUAGCAGUCACCGUCUGGAGGUUGGAGCCUUCUAAGACAUGUGGCCCUUUCCGUGGUUUGGUGACUAUCUUCGAGUCUGUUUCCAGCUGGAUGGGAAUACUCGCCAGUUAUCCCAGUUCGAGAUGGGUUGUGUGGAUUUAUCACAACUUAAUUGAAAGCGUGCAUUUCUUCUUCAUCCUCUCCAUCAUUGUUUUAAUAAUCACAUACCUCUACUGGCAAAUAAUAGAUGGCCGUAAAAUAAUGGUUAAACUUCUGCAAGAGCAGAUCAUCAAUGAAGGGAAAGAUAAAAUGUUCCUGCUGAAGAAAUUACGUGCGCUGCAGGCAUCUAAACUUCAAAAUCGGGGAGAGCAGCCACAGAGGAGUUCAUCUGUGCACCAGUCAACUAGACAGCAGGUGCCUCCACCAUUGCCUAACUCCACUGAAAGCUCUGCAGCAACAGAGGAACGAGACUCUUACUUUGAGCUUGCAAGACCUCAGAUGACCAGCUUCUCUCGUGUUCAUGAGAGUAACCAUCCAGCCAAGAAUGCUACAGCUUCUGAAGCUCUGGCUCUGGCUUUGAGAGCCAGGCAAGAGGCUGAAUGGGAAAUAGGAGAUGAUGAAAGUUCCUGAAAGUGGAGGAGUGCAAAAUGGACAGAGAAGCACUCUUGAGAAUUUUGCUAUUUGCACUACUGAGGCCUUAGAAGGAACUGUCUGCACUUUUGAAAAUUGACAAAUGAAGAAUGGUGUCGAAAAACCAAGGCUUUUUGCAUCAAAAAUUGUAUUUUUUCACUGGUUGCAAUUUUGCUUUAUUGUAAUUUUUUUGAAAAUAUUGUGAAACAUAAUUAAAACAGGAUGCAGCUCAUCAGUGGAGUCCAGGACAGGAUUGACUACAUAUGGAAAGAUGUGAGAUUAAACACCUUUUUCAUGGAACUUUCUUACUGGAUUAGUGUAAAUUAUUCUGAUAAAUAACUGCCAAGUACAGGUCUGUGAAUAUUUGUUGUAAUAUUUAUGAAAUGCUUUAUUUUUGCUGUGUUGUUCAGAGCAUUUUUUUACAGAGAUUAGAGGCAUUUAUAAAGAAUGAUAAUGAGAGCUCUGUUUGUUUUUUAAUUAACAUGCAUUGUGUAACCACUGUGAAAUGUUAAAUCUGGUUACAUAUAUCUUACUUCAUCUCUGUGCAGUUCCAACCUUUUUUGGAAAACAAUGGCUACAUAACCAGCAAAAAAAAAAGUUGUAAGUUUGGAAAACAGAAACCU